AUGCACACAUUGAAAGAUUUAAAAUGGAAACGUCCGAGAUCGACCGAGUUUCCAAAAGUUUGGCGAUCAUUUAAUGCGGUUGAUAUUGAUAGUGGUAAAAUUGUUGAAUAUAGCAUUCAAGAUUUGCCAGAAUCACGAUUUAAAGAUGGAAUUGAUUUUAUGGGUGAACAUUUUUGUAAAGAUGAACCAAUAUGCGAAGCAUUUGGUAUUUGUGAUGAAGUUGAUGCAGUUGAAAAUUUCAAGCAAAAAAUGGUGCUGGCUUGCUUGAAAAAUGGAUCUGAUGAAAUUAUCGGUAUGAAUGCAAAUUACGUAAAAUGCAAAGAAGAUAACUUCAUGCAGGUCAUUUACAGUGAGAUUAAAAACGAAAAGAUCAAGAAGUAUGGCGAGCUAAUGUCUAUAAUACGGGAAAAUUUUGAUAUAUUCGAAGUGUAUGGAGUUGAUAAGCAUCUAAGUUGCAUUGGACUUGUUGUCGAUAAGAAAUAUCGUCGUCGAGGCAUAGGAGAACAAUUUCUUCAUUGUAGAAAGGCAAUUUGUAACCAGUUUGGAAUAAGCUUAACUUCAACGGUAUUCACUGCAGAUUCUUCAAAUAGAAUCGCCGAUAAAGUUGGAUUCACAUUGGACAAAUCUAUUAUGUAUGAGGAUCUUUUAAAAUCACAUCCGCAGAUUAAGUUACCACCAAUUAAAAGCGAUGCAAUGACUAUAAAAUCAAUUGUUUUUUAA